CGUCUGCAUACAGGUCAUCCAUCUCUCUCACUCUGCCUCGCCGGGAAGCAGCAGCGAGCGAAGUAGUAGGCGAGAGAAUCCGAGCGAGGAAGAAAGCCCGAGCCGAGGAGCGCUUUAAAGCGGGAAGAAGAAAGAAAGCGCGCGAGUAAAGAAAAGGGAGGAGGAGGAGGAAAGAGAGCCGUCGUUUUCGUUCUCCUCUGCUUCGCCUCGGCCACGCUGCGGCCACCUCCUUUCUGCCACGGCAAAAGCCUCCUCGGGAUGCUCCACUGAUCGUCUUCUACUUACUCCUCUUUCUUCCAGCUUGGCCGGCGUGUGGCUGAUUAUUCCAGAAUUUCCAUUAGCUUAAUCACCGGAUCAAGAAGAAUGAGAGAAAGGGGGGAGAGGCUCUUUUCUGUGGGAUGACAGAUUCCGUUUUGUAGGAGCAGCGCACCAUUUCAGAUUUCUUCCUCCUCCUCUUCUUCUUUCCGUUGUGCUUGCUGCUUUUCUCUACUACCUUUUCCACUGUUGCGAAGUCGGGUUGGUGGGUGGUUGAUUGAUUGUUCUUUCCUUCCUCGUGAGGGUUCUUGCUUCUUGGCUUCUUGGCCGCUUCUUGAGUUGGGGCUAGCUGGUUCUUUUGCUGUCUCUGUCCCGUCAAACUGAAGCGAGCGAGAGAUUGACCGGGUGGGUGAUUCUUCUUCGAGGAGCUUCUUCUUGGAGCUCGUGAGAGUGGAGUGAUCGAGGUGGUGGUGUGAGAGCAGUAGACAGGUUUUUCUUGGGGAGCUUGGAGGUAGCCGGAGUUGGGGGAGGAGGAGGAGGAUGGCCGCCGCGCCGCCGCCCAAGGCCGACGAGCUGCAGCCGCACCCGCCCAAGGAACAGCUCGCCAGCGUGUCCUUCUGCAUCACCAGCCCUCCGCCAUGGCCCGAGGCCAUUAUAUUAGGAUUCCAGCAUUUCAUUGUUAUGCUGGGCACCACUGUCAUCAUACCGAGUGCACUUGUACCUCAGAUGGGAGGAGGAAAUGAUGAAAAAGCUCGGGUAAUUCAGACGCUGUUGUUUGUUGCCGGAAUAAACACCUUGUUCCAAACAUUCUUCGGGUCUCGUCUCCCCGUUGUGAUGGGUGGCUCAUACACUUUCGUCGCACCAACCAUCUCGAUCAUUCUGGCUGGACGUUACAACAAUGAAGCAGACCCUCGUGAGAAAUUCUUACGGACCAUGAGGGGAACACAAGGUGCUCUCAUCAUCGCGUCGACGAUUCAGAUGAUACUUGGUUUCAGUGGUCUCUGGCGCAAUGUUGUUAGGUUGUUGAGUCCAUUGUCUGCGGUUCCUCUUAUUUCACUUGUUGGAUUUGGGCUUUAUGAGCUUGGUUUUCCAGGGGUAGCUAAGUGUGUGGAAAUUGGUCUUCCAGAACUCAUCCUACUUGUUGCAUUUUCUCAGUAUUUGCCUCAAGUGUUACAUUUUGGGAAGCCUAUCUUUGGCCGGUUUGGUGUUCUUUUCACCGUUUCGAUAGUGUGGCUUUACGCGUACAUUCUCACAAUUAGCGGUGCUUACAAGAAUGCUCCACCAAAGACACAGGUGCAUUGCCGUGUUGAUCGCUCAGGCCUUAUUUCAGGAGCUCCUUGGAUUAGAGUUCCUUAUCCCUUUCAGUGGGGAGCUCCAACUUUUGAUGCUGGUGAAGCCUUUGCAAUGAUGAUGACUUCAUUUAUUGCUCUUGUGGAGACAACUGGAGCUUUCAUUGCUGCUUCAAGGUAUGCAAGCGCAACUAUGAUACCUCCAUCAAUCAUUAGUCGGGGCAUCGGUUGGCAGGGAAUCAGCAUCUUGAUUGAUUCUUUUUUUGGGACGGCCAAUGGAACCUCAGUUUCAGUGGAGAAUGUUGGUUUACUCGCUUUGACACAUGUUGGCAGCAGGAGAGUAGUGCAAAUAUCUGCUGGUUUCAUGAUCUUCUUUGCUAUCCUUGGAAAAUUUGGAGCACUUUUCGCAUCCAUUCCAUUGCCUAUAUUUGCGGGCAUGUACUGUAUUUUCUUCGCUUAUGUCGGUGCCUGUGGUUUGAGUUUCCUUCAGUUUUGCAACCUAAACAGCUUCAGGACCAAAUUCAUCUUGGGUUUUGCUUUCUUCAUGGGGAUCUCAGUUCCUCAGUACUUCAAUGAGUACACAGCUGUUGCAGGUUAUGGACCAGUGCACACUGGUGCCAGAUGGUUCAAUGAUAUGAUAAACGUGCCGUUCUCGUCGAAGCCGUUUGUCGCGGGUCUUGUGGCCUACUUCCUCGACAACACGAUCGAGACGCACAAUAACACGGUGAGGAAGGAUAGAGGCUACCAUUGGUGGGACAAAUUCAGGAGCUUCAAGAAAGACGCGAGGAGCGAAGAAUUCUACUCGUUACCGUUCAAUCUGAACAAGUUCUUCCCUGCUGUCUGAAUGAUCUAGCAAAUGUCACCCAAGCAAAAAUGGUUCAUGUCUGAACAUAAUUCUGCUGGCCUUCUUCAGUGUUGCUGUGCGUCAGUUUUGUGUACUUAUAAUAGGCGAAUCUUACUAAUUGGACAACGGAGAUGUGCCUUAGAAUGGGAAUAUCAUGUCUAUUUUUUUGUCCUACAAUGAUUUAUGUGUCAUUACCUAGGUCUUUCUCUUAUCAAGUUGUCAAUGACCCAAUGUACAUGUGGCUUUUCUAUCGGAUAGUAUUAGUAUCACAUUUAACAAUA